AACCCCCCACCACACCACCUCACCUCAAUCUCCACAUUUCCUCUGCUUUUUGGCUCUCUCUCCCUCAAAAACCCCUCUCUGCGCCGCUUCUUCUCCUCCCUCCAAAACCCCCUCCUCUCUCUCCACCACCGCCACCCGGUGGUACUUCUUCCCCGCCUAACCUAAACCCCAGUCUUGAAAAUGGCGGCCACUGCUGCCUCCGACGUCACGGACGGACCUGUCGUGAGCCUCAUCAACAAGCGCCUCCGUGCCCUCCGCAAGAAAUUGAACCGAAUUGUCCAGAUGGAAGAGUCUAUCGCCCAGGGAAAACCCAUCAACAAGGAGCAAGAGGACGUUCUCCGCUCCAAGCCUGCCGUCUCUGUCCUAAUCGAGGAGCUCGAGAAACUUCGCCAGCCUCUUUCCUCCGCCGUCGCCGAGGAGGUUAGUCUCGCCAUCCAGCGACACCAGGUCUCCUCUGAUCAAACAACGCCUCCCGAAGAUGAUAGGGAUUCGCAUGCCCAAGACCCACCCAAAACUGAAGAAACCGCCAAACUUCCCGCCGUGGAGGAUCUCGUGAAGCUGCUCUACUUCGGGUCUCUCUUCGAUGUCAAGUCCCAGGCUGACUUCACUUCUAUCAUGUUGACCAGGACCCACGAGAGGGGUUGCUGCUUGACUUACGAUUAUGUUACUGAUGACGCCACGGAUCUGCUUGGCGAGAGAGAUUUGGAUAUGAUUUCGUCUUUGAGCGGGUUGUUAAUCUCCCGGCCGGUGGAUUCCAGUUUGUCUCACAAGAAUGCUUUGCAGCGGUGCGUCGAGCAUGCCAUGCGCUGGUUAUCUAACUCGGACGAGCCCAUUGAGCCUAAAACUGACGUUUCAUAUGCGGGAUUGAGAGAGAAGUUGAAUAAGAUAAUGGCUUCUGAUUACUUCACCACCACACCUGAGAUGAAAGCGCAUGUUGAAGUCGCGGCUGCUGCGGCUGCUGGCAGCUUUGGUGCUUUUCAGGUGCCAAUGCAUGCUUCCAUUGUUCCCGUUGAAGUGCCAGUCCAGGUUGAAGGCUCAUCUGGACAGUACCAGCAAACGGACGAUAGUAGUUUUCAAGAUGAAGCUGAUGAUAGUCAACCUAGCCCACCAGAGGAGCAUCAGCAGGAUGAGUUAGAGACUCAUAAUCGUACAGAUGUUGUUUCGGAUUCUCAAGAACAAUUCAAGGCAGAGCAAGAGGAUGAAGUUGAGCAGAAUCAGAGAGAGAUUGAAUCAAAGGAGCAACAAUACAUUCCGCGGCGGUCCUACCAAAACCAAAGAGGUGGUCGUGGCAGUGGUGGUGGUCGGAGGGGUUAUAGCAAUGGCCGUGGAGGUCGAAGUGGUGGUAGGGGAGGUGGAGCCUAUCAGAAUGGUCGGAACCAAUAUUAUGAGCAGCCUGGAAAUUAUUAUCAAAGAAACUACUAUAACAACAGGGGGAGAGGCAGCAGGGGUGGGGGGCACCCUUACAACAAUCAUAGCUCGGGAGGUCUAGGAGGUCGAACUUCAGUUGAUGGUGGUGUGGCUUCUUGACAUUCUCAUAUGUAGGCGUUUUAAUAGGGUGUCUGGUUGCUAGUCUUGUAGGUGGGUGGUGAAUAUGUCUUUUGCUUUCCUUGAACAAUGUUUUGAAAUGUGAGCCGAUGUUAUAACCAUCCAAGACACCCUUUUCCUUUUUGUAGUUUCUGAAAUCGGGGACUUUUAUUGAAAAUGUUUAGAAGAAAUUUUAGCUUUUUCUCUGUUUCAUGUGAUAUACAUUGAUUCUGCUCUUUGGAAGAGGCUUGAAUUUUCCUCCAUUUUAUGGGUAUAGGACAAUUUUGAUGGUGAGUACAGGUAGGUUAUCUAAUGCACUGAUCAUCAUAUGGAGAAUCUUUUGUUAAAGUUGAAGCAAUUAAUCCAUCAAAUAGCUGGUUCAGGGUUGGUCUCAGCAAGCUGGUUGGAAUUGCUGAAAGAUGUCUGCCAUGAAAAAGGAAUUCAAACUUUUUGCAAGCUGAUUCUGGUGCAUUGGAGAAAA